GACGCCAAAUUAUGUUCGUUGGAUAUAAAUUAGGUUUAAAUUAAACCCCCCAAUAACGGAUUCAAUUUUCCCCUUUCUAUAUUUAUCCGCAGGACUCUUACACAGACUGUAAAGCUUUCAAGUCAAGAUGUUAGGGCUUUUUUAGCUAAAUCAUUUGUGUAGAUAUUUGUAUAAUUUCAUUUGUCGACUUUGAUUUGGUUUAUGUGUAUAUAGAUAUAUGAUUUGUUGGAUGUUCGAUUUGGAAAACCCUAAUUUGGGUUGAAGGUUUUGUAUCUGGGAGAUCUGGUUCGGAGAUAUAAGGAAACAUUUGAUUUGAUUCCAAUGGAGGAUCACGAGGAGGAUGAUUUGCAAAGGGCGUUAAGGAUGAGCAUGCAACAUGAGCCGCCAGAGCCAAAGAGGAGCAAGGCGAGGGAUAACAGCGCUGAGACUCCGCUGGAAGAAUCGCCGGAAGCCAAAAAUCGGAAGUUGCAGCGGGAGUUGAUGGCGGCAGCAGCUGAAAAGCGUAUGAUGGCGGCCUCGGCAGCUAUGGCUACGACUGCUACUAAUACUAGUGCGCCUAAGAAUGUUUCUUCCUCCUCGGAGGCUUCAGCGUCAAAAGUGGAUAAGUGUGCGCCAGUGGCGAAGAAAGAGAGGUGUUGGGGGGAAGAGUUGUCUUCGGAGGAAGCACAACAACUAUUUUCGAUGGUUUUUGGGAAUGAAGUUUCGAAGGGAAUACUUGCACAGUGGAGCAAUCAGGGUAUUAGGUUUAGUCCUGAUGAAGAAACAUCAAUGGGAUUAGUUCAGCAUGAAGGUGGGCCAUGUGGUGUGUUAGCAGCUAUACAAAUAUCAUUUGAUCACUUCCACCAUAUUGAAUCGGUCAUCCCCUACCUCUCCAUACACCCUUCUUUUUGGUGUAAGUCUCCCUUAUUCACCAGCCAUCCAAGGAUGAAGGCAUUUGUUCUUAAAUACCUCUUGUUUUUCCCACAAGAAUUAGUUAAAGUUGUAUCAAAUACACCAAUGGUUUCAGUUUCAAGAAGAUUGCAGGAAACUCGAGAUUCUGUGUCAAAUAUCUUUGGGUCUCUAACUGAAGAAACAAAAUCAAGAGCCUUGGUCAGGAGCAUGGCUGAAAUAUUGUUUUUAUGUGGAAGUAAUAGCAGUGCGACAAUUGCAUCUCUGAGAAUUCUCGACCACGAGAUUGAGGGUAAAGACGAAAGGUCAAAAGAUGAGAUUGUUGCAAGAUCUCUAGAUGGUCUUUCAAUUGAAUCCAGUUGUGAUCUGCAGAAAGUUCUGUCAGUUAACACAUUCACAUCCCUUGCAAGCGCAAUGCUGAGACUUGAAGAAAUGAUUCCAAUUUUCCGUAGUCGUAUGGGGGCACUAUUGUUCCUACUAUCUGCUUUGCUUUCUCGAGGACUGGAAACAGUUCAAGCUGACAGGGACGACCCGAGCCAACCUUUAGUAACUGCUCCGUUUGGACAUGCUUCACAGGAAAUUGUUAACCUUCUGCUUUCUGGGAUGGCUGUUGCUAAUGUUUUUGAUGGGAAGAUGGACUUGGGUGGUGGCAUGUUCGUUAAAGGGAUUUUAACGACUGUAGAAGUUGGAUUUCUCACUUUGCUUGAAUCCCUUAAUUUCUGUAAAGUCGGGCAGCUGUUAAAAUGUCCAAAAUGGCCAAUAUGGGUGGUUGGGAGCGAGUCUCAUUACACGGUCUUGUUUGCUUUAGAUCCUAAAGUUCAAGACGAAAAUGAAUUGGAAGGUAGAGAAACAACGAUCCGUAGAGCUUUUGAUGCGCAAGAUCAGAGCGGUGGUGGCGGUUUUAUCAGCGUAGACGGUUUCCAUCAAGUUGUCAAAGACGCAAACAUCAACCUCCCAACAGAAAAAAUCGACCAUCUUUGCAGUUCUGGGUUUAUCGUAUGGAGUGAGUUCUGGCAGGUGCUUUUGGAUUUAGACAAGAGUUUAGGAGGGUUAAAGGACUCAACUGGUUUGAUGGGUAAAAAGGUGUUUGACCUUUAUCAUUUCAACGGAAUCGCAAAAUCAGUUUCGGGAAGCGAUGUACAACGACCACGACUUACAAAGUUACGGGUUUCGGUUCCUCCAAGGUGGACCCCAGAAGAAUUUAUGGCUAACGUUGGCACCAGCAGCAGCAGCAAAGAUGCAGUGGUUGAAGUGUCCAAACCAGAGCGGACCCAGCAUGCUCCAUUGGUCGACUGCGUCAGGACUCGGUGGGCUCGAGCCGUUUGCAAUUGGGAAGGCGACCCACCGAGCAUAGUUUGAUCGCCCAUAUUUUACUGGCUUAUUAGGUGAAAUCAAACACAGAUAUAUAGACCGAAAGGGGGUACGGAUGAUGAUGAUGAUUUGUUUGGUUGCAUUUGACACCAACUUGACUGUGCAAUAAUGUUGGACCGCUUAUUUGUUUACGAUGUUGCGAGAAAGGUCGUCGGUUUGCUUUUUAAAUCCGGAAGCUAACGUUGCUUUGCCGACUUGUACCCUAUGCAUUCAAAGUUGUACGUUGGUUUGGAUUUGACCCUUUGGUCGCAAAUUUCUGGUUGUAAAGGAUCUGCUGUUCCUCAUUUUCAAAUUCUUGUCCAUGUUUCGAUGCUGAUUGCUUUUA